AUGUCGGCCACAGUCACUCUCUACACUUACUUCCGCUCCUCCUGCUCAGCCCGUCUCCGCAUCGCGUUGCACCUCAAGGGAAUUCCAUUCACUCCGGUAUUCGUCAAUUUGCUUAAGGAUGAGCAAUCUUCGCCGGCUCAUCGAGCCAUCAACCCUUCCGGCACGGUGCCAGCCCUCAUCAUCCAGCGCGAUUCAAGUACUCCUGUAACCAUCACACAGUCAUUAGCAGCACUGGAAUAUCUCCAGGAGGCCUUCUUAGACAUGGGGCCGAGUCUGCUUCCUCAGGAUCCCGAAGAGCGUGCACUGGUUCGUACGCUGGCUUCGAUCAUUGCCUGCGAUGUUCAGCCCGUGACGAACCUCAGGAUUCUCAAGCGAGUGGCGCCGCUCGGGGCAGACCGGGCUGCGUGGUCAAAGGAGUUGAUCGAGGACGGACUGCGCGCGUAUGAGACGAUUGUGGCCAGCUCGGCAGGAAAAUUCAGUGUUGGCGACCAAAUUACCAUCGCGGAUAUUUGCCUGAUUCCCGCAGCGUGGGGGGCCGAGCGGGUCGGCGUGGAUUUGAAGGCGUUCCCGAUCACCAGCAAGAUUGUGCAGAACCUGGAGCAGGAAGAGGCUGUUCGGAAGGGACACUGGCAGACGCAGCCUGACACACCUGAAGACCUGCGAGCCAAAUAA